AUGAAGCCUACCUGUUACCUGAUAUUUUCUAUGGAUCUGGGACCCAACACGAAAUCCUUAGUCCUGUGGGCAAUUCCAUUCCCACCACCAAAGGUCAUGCCUUCAGCAACUACAGAACCAAGCCCUCCACUUGCAGAUCCCCUUUGUACAGGCACUGGUGGAGGAGCAGAAGCAAUUGGCUGUGGAGGCUUACGUGGUGGAGAGCGGGUAGUAGGAUGA